AUGAGCUACAUUGCUGAGACAAAGCCCCACGCUGUGUUGAUUCCAUUUCCACUUCAAGGCCAUAUCAACCCCUUGUUCAAACUAGCAAAGCUGCUUCAUCUCAGAGGCUUUCACAUAACUUUUGUUCACACUCACUACAACCACAAACGCUAUCUCAAAUCAAGGGGUCCUAAUGCCCUUGAUGGCCUACCAGAUUUUCGCUUUGAAACCAUCCCAGAUGGCCUUUCUCCAUUGGAUGAUGAUGCUGAUGGUGAUGUUAGUCAAGACAUAUCCUCUCUUUGUCACUCUAUCAGAAACAACUUCCUCCAACCCUUUCGUGACCUCCUUGCUAGACUUAACCACUCUGCCAUUGCUGGUCUCAUCCCCCCAGUUUCCUGCUUAGUCUCUGAUUGUUUCAUGAGUUUUCCUAUACAAGCUGCUGAAGAACUUGCAGUCCCUGUUAUUCUCCUUUCCCCGGUCGGUGCAGGUGCAUUCUUGUGUUUUAUGCACUUUCGUACUCUGGUGGAGACAGGAAUCGUACCUCUCAAAGAUGAGAGUCAUCUGACAAACGGAUUUUUGGACACCACCCAAGUAGAAUGUAUUCCAGGUUUGCAAAAUUUUCGCAUGAGGGACAUGCCUAGCUUUGUAAAGACAACUGAUCCAAAUGAUUUCAUCCUAGAAUAUUUCAUUGAAGUAGCUGGUAGAAUUCCUAGAGUGUCAGCUAUUGUUUUUAAUACUUUUGAUGAACUUGAGAGAGAUGCCAUGAGUGCUCUCUCCUCAAUGCUCCCUUCUCUUUAUACCAUUGGUCCUUUCCCUUCGUUUUUAGAUCGAAGUCCGAAUAACCACGUGGCUUCUUUAGGUUCCAAUCUUUGGAAUGAAGAUCCCAGAUGUCUUGAGUGGCUUGAAUCCCAGGAACCUAGAUCCGUAGUUUAUGUGAACUUUGGCAGCAUUACUGUUAUGUCUUCAGAGCAAAUGUUGGAGUUUGCUUGGGGUUUGGCUAACAGCAAGAAACCAUUUUUGUGGAUCAUUAGGCCUGACCUUGUCAUUGGAGGUUCCGUGAUUUUGUCAGCCGAGUUUGUGAAUGAAACCGGAGACAGAAGCCUAAUAGCAAGCUGGUGUCCACAGGAGCAAGUGCUGAACCAUUCUUCAAUUGGUGGAUUCUUGACUCAUUGUGGAUGGAACUCAACCACUGAAAGUGUUUGUGCUGGAGUGCCAAUGUUGUGCUGGCCAUUUUUUGCAGAUCAGCCAACAAACUGUAGAUAUAUUUGUAAUGAGUGGGAAAUUGGUAUUGAAAUUGAUAGCAAUGUAAAGAGAGACGAUGUGGAAAAGCUAGUGAAUGAUUUGAUGGUAGGGGAGAACGGAAAGAAGAUGAGAGAAAAGAGCAUGGAGUUGAAAAAUAAGGCAGAGGAGGUUAACAGGCCCGGUGGUUCUUCAUACAUAAACUUUGACAAAUUCACGAAGGAGGUGUUGUUGAAGCAGACAACACUAUAA